UUGAAGGCGAGUUGGAGUCAUUGGCACGACGUGUCAUGAGUGGCACGGCAAGGGUUUUCAAACAGUGAGAUCCCUGUCGUCAUUGGUAUUCUAAAUUCUCGCCUAUAUUCAUGGUGCCCAGGGAGCGGAAGAAAGCGCAAAGAGUUCCAGGAUCUGGACUCCCUAUGGUAAUCGCUGGUCCAAAAGACGUCCCGAAAUGUACAGACAGAACAUCCAGUAGCAGCGGACUAAACGAGAAAGGAAAGCGGCCCUCAUCGGGAGAUUCGGUUGAAGGCGCAGCAGCGGUGAAGAAAGCAACGGGACUGAAAGGUAUCUUUGGCGCUAGUGAAGCUAAAGGGAAUCGGAAGCCGCUCGCUGAACUGCAGAAGGACAAGAAUCAGAGUAAUGCACCACAGCCGCCUGUUUUCGUUGCCCCACAAUCAAAUCGUUCUUCCGGCCAUCCUCAAGCUCGACCUCUUUCUCGAUCUGCACCCAAUUCGCACCGUCAUGCCAUCUACAUCGAUAACGAUGUCUCUGCGAAUAUUCUUGCUCCACCUCGCCCCGAUAACAUCACAACUAACGAGGCCGCCCCGAAAAACGUUUCUGGGUCAGACACCGCUCCAUCUUCAGUCGCUGCCCAAAUGCUUCAACCUAACGCUGUGAACAAUGUCGUUGCCCCGCCGCAUCCUGGAAGGGUCACUGUACCAUCUUCUCUGCGUGCUCCGAACCAAGCUUCUGCUUCUGGCACUCUCAAUGUUGAAGAAAAGAAGGGAGAGGCUCAAGUUUCCAUGCCAGUCUCUGAGUUUUCCACUACUCUCAAACCUGUCAAUGAUUCAAAGCCGAUUCGUCCCGCGCAAGAUAGGUUGUCUCCAAAACUGGCCGACGUCACGACUCUUUGCUCUUCUACUUCUGAGAAUGUUAUCGCCAAAUCGAACCAAGAAUCUUCGCCGCAGUCAACGCCGUUUGUUACCGCUUCUUCUUCUGACCUCAACACUGUUAGCGAAGGCAAAUCUACUACUAUAGUCAUCGAUGCCGCUUCAGGCGACUCUUCUGUUUCUGAAUCUGAGCAAGACAACGCAACCCAGGACUCGUCGACUGCGGAGUCUUCUACAAGCGCGUUCACAUUUUCUGACCCCUCGACUAUGGCGCGCAACAUCUCUUCGUCGAACAACGUUCAACCUCUAGUCUUUAAUAUCACUUACAAUCAUACCCAUCAUCACCACCAUGUUCAUAACCACUAUCACGCGGCCUGAAUUCUAGGAUCCAGAUUUUCCUCAUGCGAAAUACAAUUUUACAUCCGACCAAUAUUAGGCGGAAUGACAUUUUUACCCUCUUUGUGGGCCGUUUUCCGGUCUACAUUCUAGCCCUCGGAUUUUCUUGAUUAUGGAGCAGCAAGCUAUAGAUGCGUUGUUCGACAUGUACUACACUUAUACACUUUAUCGAUUUAUUGACCACAGAAUCCUAAAACUCAGCUUACUCCUCUACCUAAGUAUCAUUCGUAUUCGCCACUAUUGUGGACCUCUG